GCGACGCGCUGGCGCGGGCAGUGCCGCACAGUGCCCGCCCGGCAGCCGUUGGGCAUGGACGUUCCCCGCGGUGCACGUGGCCUCGGCACCGCCGUCGCCCUCGCCCUCGCGUUGCUCCACUGCGCAGGCGCGGCCCGCCCGCGGCCCUGCGCAUGCGCGCCGCCGCUGCUCAACUGCUCGUUGCGCGGCCGCAAGGCGCUCGUCGCCGGCGACUUGUGCGAUGGACCACUCACCCAGGUGGACCUGUCGCUCAACCACUUCAAGGAGCUGCCCGCGGCGCUGGGCCCCACCGCGCUGCAGCUCAACCUGAGCUUCAACGCGCUGAGGGCGCUGCCGCACCCGCCGCUGCUCAACCCGGCGCUCGCGGUGCUGGACGUGGCCGAGAACCGCAUCGAGAACGUGUUAAAUCUCAGUCGCAACCGAGUGGUCAACGUAGUGCUACCAUCACCGUGCGCACUGCGCCAUCUGAACCUGCUUGACACCUUAAUCACCACCUUGGGAAACCUGCGAGAAUGCCAGCGUCUGGAGUGGUUGGACGCAAGUGGCAACAGCCUCGCCCCUCUGCCUAGUGACUCCUUUGCAGGGCUCUCGCAGCUGCGGUAUCUGGGCCUCAUGUUUGUCUCCAUGGAGGAGGUGCCGCAGGGUCUAUUCUCGGGGCUGGCACUGGUCGAGGAGUUGAAACUCGACGGCAACCGAUUGAAAGCUCUUCCCGUCGCGGAGUUUGCACAUUUAACUCGCCUCCGAGUGCUCACCUUGCGGCAAAACCCCCUAUCGACGCUGCCUUCUGAAACUCUGGAACGUCUUCCAGCAUUGGAAUUCCUGGAUUAGUCGGGUUGUCAGUUGAAAUCACUCCCGUCCGCGGCGUUCCAACGUAUCCCUGGGCUCACAAAUCUGUUAUUGGCUGAUAACGGGUUCACCGAGUUGCCAGCUGAUGGUUUUGCUGGUUUAAGCAAUCUUACCAAACUGGAUCUCAUGUACAAUCGGUUAACGACUGUGCCGUUGGCUGGUUUGUUGAAAUUAGAACAGCUGAUAAUGUUGCGUUGUGAGGUACAAACUCUGCCUUGGGAAGAUUUGGCGAGGAUGACUAAUAUGACAAAACUUAAUUUGUCUCACAACAAUCUAACUUCGUUGCCGACCAGACCUUUCUCUUCUAUGUCAAAUCUCGAAUCUUUAAAUAUUGGUUACAACCCGAUUUUGUCUUUAAGUACUGAUACAUUUACGGGUCUUGCAAAACUAAAACAGCUCUCAAUGAUAGAAAUGCAGUUAUCAUCUCUAUCUCCUGGUUUGUUUUCGGAUUUGCACGAUCUAACAUAUCUAAAUUUAUUCGGAAACCAAUUGUCUACCGUCCAGCGAGAAUCGUUCUCAGGGUUGGUUAGCUUGAAAACCCUAUUUCUACACGGAACCAAGUCGAUGAACAUAUUGCCUGACGAACUUUUUGCAGAAAUGCCUAAUCUCGAAUCUUUAUUCAUUGAUGGAAAUAAUAUCACACAAAUAUCCCCAAGAACAUUUGCUGGACUCGAACGUUUGGAAACUCUCAGUCUCAGUGACAACCAUCUUACGACUCUUCCUUCGGAAGUGUUUUCAUCUCUACGCACGUUGAAAAAUAUCAAUCUAGUCAAAAACUUAUUUGAGACACUUCCUAUUGAUAUCUUUGCAAGUAUGAUGUCUUUAGAGACAAUUUCAGCUUCAAACAAUCAAUUGACUGAAAUUCCUCGCAUUCAAGGCUUAGAGAAUCUGAAAACUCUGUUUCUGGAACACAACAAUCUUACCUUUCUUCCAGACGACUGUUUUGUAGGAUUGACUAACCUGAAGGUUCUCGACCUCUCAGACAACCGCUUGACUGCGCUGCCAUCCAGUGUCUUCACCGACCUGAACUCCCUGGAGCGCAUCCAGGUGGAAGGAAACCGGCUAACAGAACUGCCAGAAUACAACGCCACUCAUUGGCCUAAUCUGAGUUACGCCUACUUUGAAAGAAACGAUAUAACUGAGCUGAGCAGGCGUUGCGGCGCGCUCGUGGCUGGCGGGCGCGAGCGGAGUGAGCUUGCCGGCAACCCGCUGCGCGCGCCGUCGUCGCUGCGCUGGGCGCUGGAGGCGGGGGCGGGCGUCGUGGUCAAGGUGGAGCUGCUGCGGCGCUGCUGCGGCUUCCUGGAGAGCGGCGCGGCCGCCAUCGGCUUCUGCUUCCAGAACUGCUCAGGUGACUGGAGAGAUGAAGCAAGACAGGUUUGAAGCGGUCUCUCUUUGCCUCUCUUUGCUGUUCGAAAACCAAUAACUCGGGCAGACGAUUUCAGAAACUAUCAAAUAAACUACCGGAAAUACUACAAAUAACUUAGAAUUGAUAAAUUAAAUUGGAUUUCCCUCACUGCUCUUAAAACGAAUCUUACAAUAAAACUGAACAACAUAUGCAUCGCCAAUGAUCUCUUGAAACAUGAAGAGUGCAUCUAAGAAGGAACAUGGAAAUCACAUAUUUUACCGAUUGGACUGUCGUAUUAGUUCUGCUACGAGUUUUUUACACAUCGGUAAAACCCUCCAUUUCAGUCAUUCUUGGUAUCUUGUGCAAUGCACGAUUGUGCAUCGGAGUAUUGUAUGUUCUAAAACUUAACUUUUACCAUAUCGAUUUGUAGGGCAAACAAUGUUUCACAUUGGGGAAGGGUUCCCAUAUGACGAAUGGGUUGAAGCACAAUCCUAAAGGUAUUAACACCGAACACUAUUCUAUCACCGAGCGCAAUUUUUACCAAUCUAUUCCGCAUAUUCUUAAAAAAUACAAUUUUCGCUAAUCAAUGAGCAUUUGCUUUCAAAACGAGCUUAUUUCAUUAUUUACCCAAAUGAAAUUUUUUGUAUUUAUUUCAAAGUUAGAGAUUUUUUCAUAAUCACACGAGAAUCCAGUUGAUUACAACUAAAAAUGUAUCCACAUAUAAUUUGGCGAGAACCUGCCCUGUUAAUCAAGCCGCAGUUGAAAGCAAGCAGGUGUUCAUUUUUCUAAUAAAAGUAUGACAGUAAAAUGACAUGAUUUGUGUAGAAAAUACCUCUGUUGUACAUUUUUUUAACCUAGGUGAAAAUAUUACUGUAUUGAAAUUCUGAUUCGUGAAUCUAUUUUUUCUGAAUAUGUUUUCUUGAUUUUUAAAUAUACAUUUUAUGUUUUGUUUUGAAAUAUUGUUUACAUUUUUAUUUGAUGUUUCAUUUGUUAUAUUUAUUUUCAAAAUAUUUACCUGUGCCUCGGAAAAUAUUUAUCGUGUUUUAUCCCUUAACGUGCCCUGGUUCACAAUACAACUCUAGAUGCCGUGGGAUUCAAGAACAAAAGUGAACAAUGGCAAUGACAUUUCUGGUCCGUAAUUUCGCUCUUUUAAUUUCGGGUGUCUGUGAAAAGAUUGUUUUGGGGUAAAAACUGGUUUAAAACGUCUUCAAGAACACUAUUGUACAUAAAGAAAUAAAGAAAGUGUGAUAUGCCAUAAAUGAUAUUGCAAUUGCUCGAUAUGUUUCCUCGAUAACUCAAUUGUAAUUCAGAUUCUGCAAUAAAUUCUGGA